GUCACGCUCUGGACCGGUGAAGCUCUCGGCAGGGAAGAAGAAGAGAAGAAAGGGAAAGUAGCAGAGAAGAGAGAGAGAGAGAGAGAGAGAAGUGAGGGAGGGAAAAGUGGUUGUUGUAUUCAGAUAGCCGUUGUAGGUUGUUACAGCCUGUCUUAUAUACACUUUGCCAUAUUUCCCUUUUGGUCCCUACAUUUCUGUUGCUUUUCUAUCUACCUCCAAACUACUUCUGUUUCUUUACAUUUC